AUGUCGCAAAAACGCAAGCACGAAGACGUCGCUGACGUCGAAGCCGCCGAGCCCGCCACGGCGAAGAAGCCGCGCUCGUUCCCCAACGCCGGCAAGACGCGACACAAGCGGCCCAAUGCCGCCAAAGACAAGGACUCGGAGUACGGCGCCAGCGCGAACGCGCUCAAGAACCGGAUACGCGAUCUGAAACGCCUUCUCGCGCACGUCGACAACGUCCCCAAGCACAAGAUGUCGGCGAGCUCGCGGAUCGAGAGGGAGCGCGAACUCGAGGCGUGCGAGCACGAGCUCGAGGAGAAGACGAUGAAAGCCAGGGAGAGCGAGUACAGGAAGAAAAUGAUUGGGAAAUAUCACCAAGUCCGGUUCUUUGAUCGGCAGAAAGCGACCCGCGUCAUGAAGCGCCUGAAGAAAGAGCUCGCCACGGCCGCAGACGACGAUGAGAAGACUAUUCUGCAGAAGAAAUUACACAACGCCGAGGUUGACGUCAACUACGCCAUAUCGUACCCCCUCAUGAAGCCGUACUCGUCAUUAUAUCCCACGUCGAAGAAACCAAAGUCCAAGAACGCCGGGACAGACGACAGCGACGAAGCAAAGAGCAAACCAGAGGAGGUCGAUGGACCCAAAGGCGACGUCAUGGUGUGGAAGAUGGUGGAGCAAGCCAUGGAGGAGGGCACGUUGGAGACGCUGCGGAACAGUAAGAGCAGGGAAGACAUACCCGGCGCGCCACCGAAGAAGAGCACGUCUGCGAAGACAAAGACACCGACAGCGAAGGAUGCACCGCCCAAGAAGAAGACAUACGCGCCGCUUAUCGUGCCGGCGAACAGGAGGGAGGCAAGAGCAGCGGCACGAGAAGCAGAUGAGGACAGCGAUGGAGGCUUCUUCGAGUAG